AAAAAAAUUGGUGGAUUUUGAGUUUUUCGUCGACAUAAAGCAAUAGGCAUGAAAAAGGCUGGCAAGAGAGCAAAGCAAAGCAAAGCAAGAAAAAAAAUCGAAGCGAAACAAGCACGACAACAUCGGCUUGAAUAGUCAAAUGUGGAAGUGUGAAAGAGACAGGGAAUAAGUCUAUUGGUUUGCGUGCGUGUGUGUGUAUAUAUAUUGUGUGUGUCUCGGAAUAUACUCCCUGCAAACGAAUAGUCGACGGGAAACAAGAAUAAAAAAAUGAAGUAGUAAUCGCAACAAUAGCAUUUAUAUUCUGAAUAUCACGAUUGGAAUAAAGAUGGGAAAUAACUUUGUAUGAAUUUUAAAAUUCGCACAAUAGACUUUUGUUUGCGAAUAUUUGUUUGGCAUGCUUUAAAUAUGCCUAUACGGAAUUCAAAGGGAAAUCGAAAAAUCGAAUAAACUAGAAAAAUUGGUGGAAAACAAAUUCAUUGUGUUUACAUACAGAAAAACCAAAAUAAACGUGGUGUUUUAUGCUGAGACAAAAUAUCAGUGCAAAAUUUGGCUAAAAUAUGGUUAUUAAAGCAUCAAUGUUACGAAUGUAUGAAUAAAACCCAAACAGUGGUCCGCGAGUGAUUUUCGUUGUACAUGUGCGCUCCGCUUGCCGUGCCCGUUCCUAUCCGAAUUGAUGUACAGUGAAACAUAAAAGGAUAAUUAUUCAAAGUCAAACACAUUGAACAGCAAAUAAGAUAAAAACUAGUUCAACAUUAUAAUUGUGGGAAAACAAUAAUAAGGAGAAGAAAAUUCGUAAAACUGAAGCUUUAAAAUAUAUUGCGUAUCAUCAAACUCAAGCGGGAAUUUUACACACAAAGAACAGAUUAUGUGUGUAAUGCAUACUAACGGAAGACGAUUGCACGUCAUUCUUACCUUCGCUUGAUCGUCAACCAGACACAUUUUACGGGUUGAAAAAUAAGAAACGAAGUCCAAAGAGCUUGAAUGAAAAGGAAACUUAAUAGAAAAUUCAAUAAAAGGAUCGCAACGAUCAUUAUUGCAUUGUAAUAUUAAUCGUUGAGAUCUCGAAGAUUUACGUGGGAAGGAAGUGAUUUGGUGAACAAAUUAAAAUGGAAAAUAGCGAAAAUUUGGUCGCUGACAUUCGCAAUGAAAACGACGACCCGUUCUCGACACCCUCUCUCGACGAAAUGACACCCGAAGCCGACGAAGCCGAAGAAGAGGAAGAAGAAAGAGAUACGUUAACCGGAGAACCGUCGGAGAUAAUUCCAACAACGAUGCUCACCCCACCACCAACCGGCGAACCAUUGUUGAAUGGCUCAUCACGAAGUAGCAUAAGUGGAAAUGAUUUGCAGCAAUUUACAGCCGAUGAAUCAACGCAACAAUCGCCAGUCGAAUCACAUCACACCGAUGAGGGCAAUUCAAAUCAAAGUGCAAACAGUGAUUCGGUCGAUUCAAAGUUGAUCAUAAACGAGGGUUCGAUUGAUUCAAGCGAUAUAAGCAAUACAGUGGAUAGUAAAACGCUUGAACCAUCGGCUGAUGUUCAUUUGGAUGAGAAUUCUGAAUACAUUAGUACACUACCUGCAACCGUGAUCGAUAGCAAUCAAACAGAUGAAACGCUUGAUAUGAGGAAUGAGGAGGAUUCUCAACCAGUUACACAUGAUGAAGACGUGAUACCAACACCACCCGUUGAAUGUGCUUCAAGGGAUGUGGACGAAAAUGAUACGGAUAUAAAUUCACAGCAACAUGAAUCGCUUGAUCAUGCUGAUAAAAAUGUCAAAAAUGUGCCAUCACAAUCGAUGAACGGUGUUUUGUGUCAGAACGAUGACUUAACGCCGACAAUCGAUUACGGAACGGAAAAUCGAUUGGCAAACGAAACGCAUACGGAACAUAGGAAACUUAAACGAAAACUAUCCGAUUCAAUAUCGGAUCCGUACGAAACAUCUCAGAAACAUACAAAAUUCAACAAUCAAACAAAUAGUAUAGGCUUAAGUGAUAAUCAAAUAGUUGUAGAUGAUUCAAUAUUAAAUCAUUUGGUAAAUCACGAUCAAAUAGCCGACAGUUGUGAAGAGCCACCCAAUGCUGAUGUUCAAACGAGUACGGAUAGUACAGAUCCACCAAUGGUGCUGGAGAAAUCACAAGAAAAUGCGGAUGAAAAUUUCAACAGUGAGCUUGUCAUCGAUGAUUUGUUGCCCGUAACCAAAGAUAAAAACAUUGAUGAAUGUGAUCAUAUCUAUAUGAAUGGUCACACCAGCAGCAGUAAAGCCGAAUCGACUUUAUCGAUUGAUGCACCACAUGAAGAAGAGUACAACCACCACCACCACCACCACCAACAACAACAACAACAACAACAACAACAACAACAACAGCAACUAACGUUCACACCAAAAAACGAUUUAGACGAAUGUAUUCAAGCGCAUGCAUUGAAAUCGAAAGUGAAAAAUCCAUUUUCGACACCACCACAAAGCGAAACGAAUUCAACAAGUGAUGAACGAUCAUUAGAUGUACAACCAGAAAAAUUAGAAACAAAUUCACAAACGGAUCUUACGGUAGAGCAAUCGGCAACAAUACCAACUCUGUCAACAGACCACACAUCUAAUCUCACGCAAACACCGAUUAAUUAUGGCGUCAUUUCGAGUACAACAACAAUGAACAUCAGCGGCAACAGUAAUAGUGAUAGCAACGCAUCGUUUGCAAAUGCGUUCAGUGGUGAUAAAACCUUGGAUGUGGCUAACGACACUACGAAUAUAGACCAUCCCAAAGCAACGAUUACACCUUCUCAAACACAAUACAACGGCAAAAAGAUUAAUACUCACAUUCGCAUUCGACGUCAGGUUUUUUUGUGCUCAGCAUGUGGCACCUACUACGAGAAAUGGAACCUGUUCUAUCACAUACGAGAGGUGCACAACAAAUUCAUCUGUUUGUUUUGUUUGGGCAUAUUCCCGAAUGCAGAACGUUUGGUCAACCAUUUAGAAUCGAAACAUGUUCAUAAGCCAUUUGUCUAUGAGCAUAAAGAUGACUUACUGAAAUCGUUGCGCAACCAAUGCUUUCUUACGUGUUGCGUUUGUGAGCAUAUUUUUACGGAAGAUGAUGAUGUUACGGCACAUUCAUGUGAAACCUUUAUGAAACCAUGCUCAGUUUGUGGGCUCAAAUUCAUUCAUAAAAGCAAUUGCAAGGCGUUGUUAUCAAAUAAGUUAUCAAAGCAUAAACAGAAACGGACGGCCGUUGCACCAAACACCGUUCAACAGAUGUUGCCCAAUACGGUCACGACGCCGAUGCCGACAACGAUAGGUAACAAUAUGUCGCAACAAACGUUCCUACGAAAUGCGCUGCUGGGUCAAGAGCCACGAAUUAAUCAGUAUGGUGACUAUCAAAGUGCGCCGAUCAUUGCACAAAUGCCAAUGUUUGAUCGUAGACUGAAUAACGUACAACCACAUCGAAUCCAAUCUCAACCGCAUUCACAACCGCAGCCUCAAUCUCAGCUUCAGCACCAGCGUCAGUCACAUCUCCAGCCCCAUCGUCAUCAAAACCCUGAACCGGCUAUGAAUACAUUGAAUGGUGGUGGUAAACAACCAACUCUGGUUUCGAAGCCACACAUGAACACACCGGAUGUAACGUCAAAUUUCUAUAAUUCAAAUGUAUUGCCAAUCCAUAAUGCAGAUAUGUAUCACGCGAGUCAUGUACCGUAUUUGAAUGUAUCCAAUGGACCGUAUACCCAAAAUCAAUUGGACGCCAGAUAUCCGGCAUCAAACAUGACAUUUGGCAGAGGAUUGGACAUAUCAACGAAACCGUCAUUUGACAUCGAUCGGCUGGAAAAGACCCAAAACAAAGAUCAUAAUCACAGCAAUAGUGACAGUAGUUCGGACAGCGAUGAUACAAACAACGAUAGCGAUUCAAGUAGUGACACAGAUGUGGAAAAAGAGGAUAAAGAAAACAGUUCAAAACGUGUUGUUAAACCGUUUCGACUUAACUUGACCAAGAAUAACAUGGUCGAGAGACGAGAAUCACCCUAUGUUGAUGAGCAAAAUGAUAGUGCACAUGAAGAUGAUAGCAUAGACAAUGAAACUGGCAUAGCAAACAGUCUGAACGAUAGUAGAAGUCAUCAAAAUAUGUCGGAUAUCACCAACAUACAAAUGCGAAUAGAUAACAUUAAGCAACAAAUGAGUGCAAUGCAAAGAGUUGAGGAAUCACCGCCAUCACUGAAAGUCCCAAAAUUAACGCUUAAGCUCACGAAACCAUUUCAAAAUCCCGUGGAAUCGGAGCAAUCGUCGACGGAAAGUGAUAGUGACAGUGAGAAUGAACACGACGACGACGAUGAAAAUGUGUCUCAUGAGCAGCAAGACGAUACCCCAAUCGACGUUGGGUCAGGAGAAAAAGUGAUGGAUCUUAAACAGCCAUCAUUUUUGCAACCCGACACUGAAGCGGCGCUUCAAAAUCCAUAUAACACUAACACUAGCAAUUGCUUAUCAAAUCCAAUUAACAACAACCAUAGCUUUGAUGAUAGUUUGAACGAAAGUGGAUCAUCGGAUAAAAAUACAUCAAUAGAAUCAGGUGAAAAGUCAACAUGUGUCACUGAAGACGCUGAAUAUCAAACACAAGCACAAAAUCACCCGUCUGCACCGCAGCAAGAUGAACUUUCGAUGAAUUGUGAAUCGGACCAGUUGCAAAUUCAACCAGUUCAGGAGCUCACUACAAAUACGGAGCAAACAAACAUCAUUUUAGACAACCUAACAAACAUCAAUGAAAAUUUCUAUCCAACAUUGGAACACAAUCAGAAUGUGAUGACACCACCCGAUAGCAUUCUCGAUGGCCAAGCCGAAGCAGAAAGUGAAAGUCAAACUGGUAUAACCGUUGCAAUCGCACCUGAAUUGGACAAUGAACAUCCAGAACAAGACAUCAUUGAUGUUGAUUCUCCUCAGGUGAUUGAGGAUAAGCGUCCAAUCACGGAAUUCAUAUUAGAUCAACCAUUGGAUAAAAUCCCAAUCAAAAGUUUCAUUCGAAAAUGUUUGCAAUUCACCUAUCCAAAUUGUUUGUAUUGUAAUCAUGCACGAUCGAUUGCUGUGAACGGUGUUAGUCUGGCUGAGCAUUUAAUUGGUGAGCAUCGAUUUAGCGCAACGGUGGACAGUAUCACAGCGGAAGAGCUGCUGCCGGAAACUAUUGAGCAAAAAAUCACUACCGGACUCGACGAAUUGGAUGAGACAUUUUUCAAUAUGGAAUCAUAUGAUAAUAAAAUCAUCGAUCCAAAUUAUCAAUUUGUCAAACACUUUGAAUGUUUCCAGUGCCGUUUUCACAGUCCAAUUUACAAAGAUCUGUACCUACACAAUCGUAAAAUGCAUCUGAGAUCGGCUCUGAUCUGUUUGAUGUGCCGAUCAAAUUUCUACAGCUAUAGUGAACUGGUGUGUCACAUGUGUCCGGGUGCCCAAAUGAAACUGAUUCCGAUCGAUUUGAAGUUCCGUUGUGUUCUGUGCAAUCUAGAUGAUAUCCCGUCGGCCUUCCGUUUGAUGGUGCAUCUGCGUAAAAAGCAUUCUGCAUGCGAUGUUUGUCUGGAGGAAUGCAGCGAUCAAAGCAAAUUGUCGUGUCAUGUGUGGAAACACAAGUUGCACCAUCUCUGCUAUCGAUGCAAUAUCACCUAUCGCAACAAAGCAGAUAUAACACGGCAUUUAUUCUGGAAACAUGGCACUGAAAGUGUUAUGUGUAAGCGUUGUUUGGAGAAAAAGUGGCCGCAUGUCUAUCACUUCUGUGUACCACCCGUUUCAUUCAAAUGCGAUACAUGCAAUCAAGCAUUUUCAAAAGCACUCACACUCAAAGUCCAUAAACGUUUGCAUGAUCCGGAGAGUAUCACGUUUCCAUGCUCACUUGAUGACUGUGAUCAGAAGUUUAUAUCGAAAAAACUGAUGAUUAAACACGUUUCGUUGCACUACAUGCCAGAGCUGCCUCCGCCAUCUGAGGAAAAGAUUCUUUCGAGAGAAAAUAAUGAAAAUGAAUCUUUGAUAGAUAAACAAGGGACAAGUUUGCAAGCUAAUUCACCUUCACAUUCUCCGAGUAGAAAUUCAUCCGAACGAAUUGAACAGGAGGCCCCAAUCGAUGCAGUCAUCAGUGUGAUUGAGCACGAUGCACGGGAACAGGAGGAGAAGCAAAAGCAGCUGAAAAAGGAAUCGACUGGUCGAAAUGAAUCGUCAAGCGAACACAUUCACAAAAAUAAACCGAGAAAAUUGAAGAAAAAUCGGUCCGAUUUUAGUGAUUUACUCGACUUACCAUCGGUCAACUUGUCGGAGAGUGAUAGCAGUGAAGAUUCUGAUGCGGAAAGUAACCCACCACAUGAUCCAUCGACGGAAAAUUCAAGACAUUCACUUUCGACAGCUUCGGGAACCAACGAAAUGGUCACAAAAUUCAAAAGUGCACAACAUGCACUGGAUGACGAUGAUGAUAGGGCCGUCAUGCUUGAGGCGGACAUAUGGGAAAACUUCAAAACUUAUCAGGCCAAUCAAAUGCAAGAUAAAUCAUUAGACAGUUCGGAAGAGGAGCAAGUGAUUGCUGAGAAUCCAGUUUUGUUGCAUGUUAGUCAGUCUGACCACGAUUAUUCGAUGAUGUACAAGCCAUUGGUGAAGAAACCGAAAGUACCGAGUGUAGAGAUGAUAGCUUCAUUUGCCCCAAUAAUUGAAGAGAACGAACGAGGUGACAUAAAAAUCACUGUGGUCGAAGCAACUGAAUCAAUAGCUGAAAAUUUGAAUCCACAAUCACCGACACCGUUGCCCACUUCAACUGUUACGAUUACCGAUGAAGAGAUACCAAAAACCGAAGACGAAAAUGUUGUUGGUGAUACUGAGGAAAAACUUGACACCGACAAAAAAGAUGCGAAAAAGGUGAAAGCCGACAAAUCAGAUCGUAAAGCGGAUGAUAGUGAUUCGUCGUCUGAUUCAAGCGAUUCAGACUCAAGCUGCUCGUGUGGUUCAAAUUGUAGCUGUAGUUCGUCCAGCAGUUCAUCGAGCAGUUCCAGUUCCGAUUCGGGUAGUGACAGUUCAAGCUCAGAAGGCAGGCGUAAGAAAAUGUUGUCAAAAACAAGAACACCCGACCGAACAACACCGGAAAAGAAAGUGGUGGCUGAUGAAGUAGAGCAAAAGGUUGAGCCAAUGCAGGAAGAGAUACCGGAUGCGCCGACCGUAAGCCCGAAAAUCGAAGCCGAUGACAAAUCGGAAGCAUUGCCGGAUGAAACGGAAAACGUUGACGUUGACGUUGAAAAGCCAGAAUCAGCCGAUGUUGACGUUGUCGAUGUCGUAACAACUGACAAGAAAUUCACACAGCCAGACAUUUACACAAUCGUAGUGGAGUCGGAUCUUGAAACAACUGAUUCAGAAACUGACGAAGAAUUCUAUGAUGAGCAUCCACAAAAAUUGGCCAUUCAAAUGUUAGCUGAAAAGCGGCAGCAAUUGAUGUUGCAAACAUUGAACCCAGUGAAUGGUAUGCCAUACAUGAGUACGAGUCGACCAGCUACACCGUUGCUGCCCGAAGAAACACCCAAAGGUCCGAAGACCAAAACCAAAAAACGUCGUCGAACACACAAGAGCUCACGAUCACCACAAAAGCAACUGUCUAAAAAUAUUCCACGAUUCAAUGCAAAUGGACUUCAUCACACGCCCAAUAAUUUGUCACUUGUGGAAAAGCCAUUAGAAACGGUCGCAUCACAGGCUGUUACUGCAGCAUCGGUUACAAUUCCAGAACCAGCUCCAUUCACAAUGCAAUCGAAUCCAUUUAUAAGAUCGCAAAUCGAUGCAUCGUCACAAAUUAAUUCGAAUUCCAAUGUUCUGCCCGCAGUGGUUUCAACACCGGUUAGUUCGAAUUUCGAUAAUUUACUCAAUACCCCAGCAACAUUACCAUCCAAACAUCAUUUAAUGCGCUUGAGCACAAGCAGUGCAUCGGAUGCCGACAACUCAUUGAAACGUUCAAAACGUCGUCGAAUACCAAACAAAUUCUACGGCUACACGAGUGAUGAUGAAAGUAUAUCUGCUGCAAGUACGCUUAACUCAAGCUAUCAGCAUCCAUUCAAACCAACACCACCUCCAAAUCUGAAUAAAUGGCGUGAAUCACUUACGUGGAGUAAAGAAGAUUUGCCAAAACCGUCGAAAAACAAUCGGACUGGCACAAUGAAAAAGAUUCUGAGAUUGUCAUCGGGUAAAACGCCGAAGCAACCACGUAAAAUGCCAAUGAAAGCGGCGAUAAAAACGCCCGGCAUGAAAAAUCGCACAAUAGCAAAGCUCAAGGAGAAGAUGCGAAAGAAUCCAACGGUUCCAAAGAUUAUUAUCCGUGGAAUUCCACGGUCGAAUCAACCGAAAGUCACGGCACCCGAUCUGAGUGAUGUAUCACGCGUUCCAAAUGUCCCAGUUCAUCAUAUGUCACCGCAAUUGAAUAAUGAGCUAUACGAUCAGUCAUCAGACAGUGAUUCGGAUAGCAAUUUACACAUAAAUCAAACGUUUCGCAGCAACUUUGGAUCGCAUUCCGGUGAUAGUGCAGAAGCCAACCGAGACAAUACGAUACGGGCGCAACCGCCAAAACAACAAAUGCCCUUCAUCCGUCCCGAUCACACCCUUUUGCCGCCCAAACGAUUUUCAUUAUCACCAUCACCACCGCCAGUGUUUGCACCAACAGCAACCAGUCUGCAAAAUGAACGCUUACCAGCAAAUUUGCUAUCAACCAUGCAACAUCCAAUAUUAAAUGGUGCACAACACAAAGCGAAGCAGGAAAGUGCACGAAAUGACAACAAUUUAUACUGCUACUGUCGUCGACCCUAUGACGAAAUGUCGGAAAUGAUCGCUUGCGAUGCUCAAGACUGCUCAAUCGAAUGGUUCCACUUUGAAUGUGUUGGCAUCAAAGUCACUGAUAUAAAUCCGCAAGACAAAUGGUAUUGUCCGCAAUGUAAAGAACGGAAUAUGGCGCAAAACAGCUACGCUUUGCCAUCAAAUAAUGUAAACAAUACCAUUUCGAAUCGCUUUGCUAAUGCAUCCUUAGAUUUGAAUUGAAGAAUCCAUGAAAAAUUCAGUUAAAAUAUGUAAAAAAAAAAAAAAUAAUAAUAACCACCACACUACUGGUUCUGUGAUAAAACAUCGAUCGUAUCGUAGCAACAACAUUGCUGCAGCCCAAAUAUGUGAGAGAAGGAGAGAAAGAGAGACGAAGAGCAUUGUUUUCGUUAUAAAUGUGUUUUAAGUAUUUCACAUUGAUUUAGUUUUGACACACUCACUUUUUAUCGAUGGAAUGCGCGGAAUGCAAACAAAAGCAUCUAUGCCGAAAAAUUGGCAGCAUCGAGUAAAAGUUAACGCUAUCAAAACCGAUUCAUUUGUAAUUUUGCAUUAAAUUAAUACAUUUUACGUUGAAUAAGUGAAUUGAGCCAAGAAUCCCCCCUCCCCUUAAUCGAAUGAACGUUCAUAAAUAGGUAUGAAAUAAGAUAUUGAACAGAAAAUUGAGAAGAAAAACCAAGAUGACAUUAUGUGAUUCGAUCAAUUAAUAAGUGGCAAUUUGUUAAUGUUCUUUGGAAAUCUAGUUUCAAUAAAAUUACAUUCUUAAUUUGCAAA